GGGUGUUCCUUACACACAGGUGGAGGGGCAGGUACCUUCACCGAAAAUAACCGACGGAACAGAAAAACUCGACGAUGCUUCACUUCAAUUUACUCUAGUCAGACAAAGACAGGACGAUAAUCACCUCUGGAUGCGUUUUUAGAAGUUAAAUAAGACUUAACGCCGCCCGAACGGACAGAAAUGGUGCAUAUAUUCAUCGGCGUAUGGCAGCAUCCCGCCUAAACGGAUAGCUUUACGGUUUUAAUUCAUGCGCGUGCUGCACCUGUGUUUUCAGAACGGCAGCUGUUGUUUUCAGGUGAUUAAAGGAAUAUGACCGACAACACGAAGAGAGCCAACAUGGAGGAGUUCUUCAAAACGGUGGGAGAGGUACGAGUUCUCAUAGAAACUAUUUCCAACCAAGUGGAGGAGGUGGAGAGGAGACAUGGAGUUAUCCUGUCCAACCCAAACAAAGACCACAGAAACAAAGAAGAGCUGCAGAAACUGAACAGUGACAUCAACAGGAACUCGAACUUGGUCCGGGCCAGGUUAAAAUCGAUACAGAAGAAUUUGCUUCUAGAGGAGAACGGCAAAAGUGCAUCAGUAAUCCAGCGAAUCCACAAGAACCAGCACUCACACCUGACUCUAUGCUUUGUGGAUGUGAUGAGGAGUUAUUAUAGAGCUCAAAUCGACUUCAGAGAGAAAUGCAAAGCACGAAUCCAAAGGCAGCUGGAAAUUGUGGAUAAAAUCACCACAGAUGAAGAGCUGGAGGACAUGUUGAAUGGUGACAAUCCUGAGAUCUUCAUAUCUGAUAUCAAAUCUGAGGCUCGGCUUUCAAGCCAGGCUCUGAAUGAGAUUGAGUCUCGUCAUCACGAUAUCCUCAGCCUCGAAUUCAGCAUCAGAGAGCUCCAUGAGAUUUUUACUGAUGUUGCUUUGCUGCUGGAAUUCCAGGGGGAGUUGGUUAACAACAUAGAAAAGAAUGUGAUGAGCGCUGCAGAGUAUGUGGACAUGUCAAAAGCAGAGUGCAGUAAAGCAGUCGCAUACAAGAAGAACCGAUACAAGGUAGCAUCCCUCCCAAGCUUCUUUAAGCCCUUCAAGAGGGUAAACUCUGCUAAAACUGUCCAUGAUCAAAGCACCUCUGACCUGAACCGCAGCUGAGCCUGUUUGAGCAUCGACCUCCAGAUCAACAUCAAACCCUGAGUCUACUGGAGAGCACUGGUUUAUGUUACAGUCUACACCCUGUGAUCCUAAGGAAAGUAUUUUUUUCCAAAUAAUAAUAAUAAUAAUGAUGCACUAUCUGUAUGAAAAAGACAAGAUGCUAUGGAGUUUUACAUACAUGUGGACAUACUGUAUGUACAAAUAACAGAGGCAGCACUGACAAACCAGCGGAAAUUAGUUUAACUUAUUUGCAAACAAUGCAAAAUAGUUCCAGAUUUUUUCAGGUCAUAUGUAAAGUCUUUUUGGAUUAACUUAAAUGUAUUUUGUUAUUCCUGAAUUUGUCCAGUAGGUGGUAUCAUCAUACACAACAAAAGUAGUUUCUUCAAGCUUGUGUUUUGUUUUAUGACAUAUUUUACAGAUGCAUAAGUAAUAUUAUAUGAUAUUGCGCAAUGCCCAGAAAAUAAUUAUUAGUGUCAAUAAUAAUUGUAUUUAAUUUGUAUGUUUUAUGUGGUAGUGAAAUGUGAAUUCAAACUGAAGCUAAAAUAAACCCUUUAUGUUGAAUGUAAACACUGUUGGGUAGUUUUAUCUGCAUAAAACUAUAAAUACAGUAAUGCUUCAUCUUUUUUUAAUCACCAUAUAAUUGUAGUGUCAUUAUCCUAUGAGGAAUUAUGUAUUUCUACAAACUUAACUCUUCAUAAGCUUAUAAAAAAUAAUCAUUUUUGACUUGCAUUUCCCUGUGAAUCCGAGAUGAUUUAUAAAGUGGUUAUUUUAAAGCGAACAAUAGCACUUUAU